AUGUGUAAAAAUGAACCGAAAUGUGCUCAAUGUGAUGGAAAUCAUCAUUCAUUAGAUAGUCAGUGUCAAGUUAUUAAAGAAUAUAAAGACGAAUUAAAAAAGGAUGUUGAAGAUGCGAUUCAAAAAGGAUUAUUACAGCGAUUUUCAAUGCAAGAAAAAUCUCCUACAUUCGAACUUCGUGAACAAGAUUUUCCACCAUUAGCAGCAAGUGAUAAUCAUUCUAAUAAAAAAUGGAAUAUUGCUCAAUCUCGUACAACGGUCGAGUCGAAUUUUUUACGUACAUCAGAUACAGAAAAAACAAUUGAAUCUAUUAAUGAUAAUCUGACAAAGCUUAUCGAUAGCAACCAACGACUAGAAAAUAAAGUCGAUUUACUAUCAUCAAACAUAAAAAUCCAUCGUUAA